CGGUUUAGUACGGAUCAAACUCUACUACAAUUGGGAAGCGUGUAACUGUCAACGAGCGUCUCAAAAUCUAACCGUUGAUCAAUUCUUUUGACGGUCGUAAAUUCGCCGGCAACAUCGAACGAGAAGUCACCGGAAAGGUCACGGAGAAAUGUCCCCCAUGAGCUUCUCCGCCGCGUACGACUGAUAAUUGGUGCGAUUCUUUAAACUAGUUACUGUGAUUUAGUUGCUUUAUCUUCUGUUGUUGGGGGAAUUGUAGGUCACUGAUGACACUGCUCUUGGAAUUUGUCUUAAGUUAUUACGAUUGAUUGAGUUUUAGGUUCCUUUUGAUCUUUGGUGGAUUCUGAUGUUGGAGCUGAUUCAUCAACACUAAAGCAAAGCUACAAGUUUUAUCAUUGGAGGAGAUAUGUUCAAAUGCAAGUUGGAAAAUUUCUCCAAUUGGAUGAUUGGGGUUGAUGAAGGUAUUAGAGUCUAUGGCUAAAGGUCCUUGUCUUUGGUCUCGUGGAGUAUUAGAAUAUGGAUCCUUGUGAUGUGAAGUUUUGGGUCAAGUUGGGAUAUUUUAUAAUUAAGGAGAGGCUGAUUUUUUCCACAUUGUCGUCAUUGAUAAAGUCUUGGUUUUGUGUUAAACAAUGACCAAAUUCCCAGACGUGGUGUAGUGAACAACCAAAAAAACAACAUGAUUGAUUGAUUCUGAAAUUCACUUUAAUUUUCAAGAGAGAGUUUCUGAGGAUCUUGAUAUCAGAAUCUGUCAUGAGAGAAGCAGGAGAAGAGAAAGUGGCGUGGAAGUACUUUACCAGAGAUGUUGUGCCGUUUGCUGCGAUGUUUGCGGUGGAGUGUGCCACUGUUGGGUCAAACACGCUGUUUAAGGCUGCUACUUUAAGAGGAUUGAGCUUCUAUGUCUUUGUCUUCUACUCUUAUAUUGUUUCAACACUUCUCCUUCUUCCACUUUCUGUAAUCUUUGGAAGGUCAAGAAGAUUACCAGCAGCUAAGUCUCCUCUUUUCUUCAAGAUUUUCUUACUUGGGCUUGUUGGGUUCAUGUCGCAGAUUGCUGGUUGUAAAGGUAUUGCAUACAGUUCCCCAACUCUUGCAUCUGCUAUCAGCAAUCUCACACCGGCUUUCACAUUCACACUCGCUGUUAUCUUCAGGAUGGAGCAAGUAAGGUUAAGGAGCUCUGCGACUCAGGCUAAAAUCAUUGGUGCAAUACUAUCUAUAUCUGGUGCUCUGGUAGUUGUGCUGUAUAAAGGCCCACAAGUUCUCGCCUCUGCAUCUUUUACAACUGUAUUACCUACCGUUACACUUCACCAGCAGUUGACCUCAAUAGAGUCAAGCUGGAUAAUCGGAGGGCUCUUGCUUGCUUCACAGUAUUUUCUUAUAUCCGUCUGGUAUAUUCUUCAGACUCGUGUCAUGGAGGUUUACCCUGAAGAGAUAACCGUAGUCUUCUUCUACAAUUUAUUUGCAACACUAAUCUCAGUACCAGUAUGUCUUUUUGCGGAGAGCAACUUGACUUCUUGGGUGCUUAAACCAGACAUUUCCCUCGCUGCAAUCAUAUACUCGGGAGUCUUCGUUUCAUUAUUCAGCGCGCUUACCCACACAUGGGGUCUGCAUCUGAAGGGUCCGGUAUACAUAUCCUUGUUCAGGCCAUUGUCUAUUGCGAUUGCAGUCGCCAUGGGUGCUAUAUUCCUCGGCGAUGCACUUCACCUUGGGAGUGUCAUUGGAUCAAUGAUAUUGUGCAUUGGAUUCUACACUGUGAUUUGGGGCAAAGCAAGAGAGGAUACAAUCAAAACUGUAGCUGGUUCUGAGCAGUCACCUUUGCUGCUUACACAUAUCAUAGAAGAUGGAGCCUUUCCAUUAAGCUAGGAUUGAUGCAAGUGAAAUCCUUAUACUAUUUAUUAAUAAAUAUGGAUCCCUAAAAGAGGUGUACCAUAUAUGUCUAUAGUUACAUAUAAGAUAUCUGUUCUUUUUUUCUUGUUUUAUUUUGAUGUUACAUAUGAAUGAGAAUUAUGAAUCUAUAAGAAAUAUUUGGUCCUUUUAAUUAUCUUAUCAGUGCGUUCACAACCUUACAUAAGUUUCUGGUAGAUAAAUCCCUGCCCUCUUUGAAGAGUAAAAGAGGUAGAGCUCCAUGGCCAAAUAUUAUCUUUCUAAGGUAUAGAGCUUUCUUUGUAGAUGCGUAGUUUCUUGAUUUGGAAGAUCCCUG